AUGUGUGGUAGUGUCCAGAGGAACAGGAAGGUGGUUGAUUACUCCCAGUUUCAGGAAUCAGAUGAUGCUGAUGAAGAUUAUGGAAGAGAUUCAGGUCCCCCAUCGAAGAAAAUCCGUUCGUCUCCCCGGGAGGCUAAAAAUAAGAGGCGAUCUGGGAAGAAUUCUCAGGAGGACAGUGAGGAUUCAGAAGAAAAAGAUGUGAAGACUAAAAAAGACGAUUCACACUCAGCAGAUGAAGAUUUUGGCAGUGAAGAUGAUGACUUGGGAGCAGAUGAUGGCAAAGCUGACAGUGACUAUGAGAGCUCUCAAAAAAGCAAAAAAGGAAAAAAGGCUAAACCAGAAAAGAAUAAGAGAGCAGCCUCCAAAUCCAGGAAAAGGCCUGCAGAGGACAGUGAGGACGAGAAAGAAGACCACAAAAACGUGCGUCAGCAACGACAGGCAGCAUCCAAAGCAGCUUCUAAACAACGAGAGAUGCUUAUGGAUGAUGUGGGUAGUGAGGAGGAAGAACAAGAGGAUGAUGAGGCACAGUUCCAGGAGAAUUCAGGAAGUGAUGAAGACUUCCUCAUGGAAGAUGAUGAUGAUAGUGAUUAUGGCAGUUCAAAAAAGAAAAAUAAAAAGGUCUCUAAGAAAUCCAAGCCAGAGAGGAAAGAAAAGAAAAUGCCUAAGCCCAGGCUAAAGGCUACAGUGACCCCCAGUCCAGUGAAAGGCAAAGGGAAGGCGGGCCGCCCCACAGCUUCCAAGGCCACAAAAGAAAAGACCCCAUCCCCCAAAGAAGAAGAUGAAGAGCCUGAAAGUCCCCCAGAAAAGAAAAAAUCAUCCAGCCCUCCACCAGAGAAGUCAGGGGAUGAGGGAUCUGAAGAUGAAGCACCCUCUGGUGAAGAUUAAAUGGCAGUUGAGGAAAUCUUUGUUUAAAAAAAAAAAAAGGAAAAAAAGAAAAAGGAAAAGAAAACAUACUUAGGGGUAGAACACGGUUUUGGCUGUGGCUUGACUCAUGGGCUUUGAAUGCUGUCUUUACUUUCAGCUGUUUAAUACAGUGUAUCCUUUUUUUAAUAAGAGGAAACCCUUAUACAGUAAUAUUUUGAAGUCAAUGUUCUCUGUUGGCCAUUCCGUUCUCCCUCCCCCAACAAAUCUGAAAGCCAUUUGAGACAAAUUAACAGACCAUUUAAAUAUAUAUUUUUUUCAAGGGAUACUGCAGUUGCGAAGCAAUAAGGUUUGAGACUGAUACGUGGAAACCAUACUUACAAAUCGUUAAGUAGAAUAGAUUUCCCAGUGCUGGUAAGAGUUCUUUAAGACUAUUAUUCUGUAUUUGAAUAUGUGGAAAAAA